GUCCCGGUCCCAGCCCGGGCUCCCGCUUUUCCCGCCUCUGGAAAUAUGUCCGAGGGAGUGGAUCUGAUUGACAUCUACGCCGACGAGGAAUUCACCCAGGACCCGGAGUUCAGUAAUGCUGACCAGAUGGACCUGUACGACGACGUGCUGACGGCCAGCUCCCAGCCCCAGGACAAGCGCUCCGGCGGCUCGGAAGCGCCUCCGGAGAUGCGUCCGGAGCCGUCCCCCAAGGCCCACAGCAAACCCCCGGCCAUCCUCUACACCUACAGCGGGCUCCGCAACAAGAGGGCCGCUGUCUACGUCGGGAGCUUCUCCUGGUGGACGACGGACCAGCAGCUGAUCCAGACCAUCCGCUCCGUCGGAGUCUACGACGUGGUGGAGCUGAAAUUCGCGGAAAACCGAGCCAAUGGCCAGUCCAAGGGGUGA